UGACACGAUAGAGUGGGUCGCGUUUGUUCAGUACGGUCUCAGUGGGGUGACUGCAAGCGCACAAGCUUAUAAUGCCUGGUAAUAAUGUCGAUGCUGGAUGUACGGUACGAACAAUCUACCUUCAACGCUAUCCUAACACGUUUUCCUCUUCCUGAAAUGGACAUCUAAUGUGCAGCCCUGUACUUUGAAGUCUAUGUAAAAUUGCUUUCUAAUUCCAUUUGUGUAUCUUCAUGAUGGAUGAAAGUAGAAGUUCAUCAUCUUUGAGAUUGCUUUCUGAACUUAACAACAGAUGCCGCUGGAUCAUGAAGCACUAGUAAUAUUUAUAAUUUGCUGGGAUCUCUUCAGUGGUGAAUUUUUAAACAUUUUGGUCACGGAAGAAGAAAACUUAGCAUGUACCACUACUUCGAAAAUGCUUUGGAAUUUGGCACUCUGUUGCGGAUUGGUUUCUUCUUUGGUAAACACUACCAUCAGAAACCGAUAUUGAACAUCUCACAGGAGUUUGUUAUUUGCAUGUUUUAGCAAAUGUUGUGCAACAAUACCAAAUUCCUUAUGAGGUGUCUUCAAAGUAUGGAGCUGAGUACAGGUGUUUGUACGUGUCCAGGAGGUUGGUGCAGUUUUACACGCUUCACUUAAAACAUCUUGAAAGCAAAUUCAUCAGAUGGGAAAUGAACAUUUUCCACAGAAGUUUCAAGUUUUUUGACAUUGAAUAUGCACAGAAUUCACCAUGAGAAACUAUUUCCUGAAAACCUUUCAACAACGUGCGAUGCAUGGAAUUCGUGACUGGGUGAAUAUAACCCUACGAAUGCUGUAGACGUGGACGCCCAAUAGAAGUCACUCCACGUGCGACCGACAACAUCUCAACCUAUAACGACACAGAUAGGCGGUUGCAGGUGUUCACGCAGUGUGUUCCGCUCAGCUUGCUUGAUCAGCCACACCGCCUAGUUGCUAUUAUGACCAAUACCCACCUGCCGAUGAUCUUUAUUUUUCUACUUCGAUUGAGUCAUAUUACCAAGAAUACUCAACUGCGUGGAAUCAAGACGGUUGUAAUUCGGUUUUUAAACAGAGAUUGAGAACAUAGUUUUCUGGCAAUUUAACAUGUCUCUGUACACAAGUCGAGGACUGUUUUCCUUUUGAAGUCUUUAGAAACUACUCCUCAAUCAAUUUCUUUUCUAACGAAGAUUGAGACGGUCUUAAUGGAAGAUUUUGUGGCGUGUAAUGUAUGACUUUUGUUAACAGCAACCCGGUCGCUUUAGCUGAAGUGACCGACUGCUCUACAUUCAGUAGUGGUACUUCACUGUGCGCCAGAAAUACUGGUGUGCCUCUCAGUGUCACUUAAUUAACAUUAGAGUCGGAUGCUGGCUGUCGGAUGCAUUCUUCAAGGUGUCUCAUCGUACCAUCCUGCCUCCUCAUUCUCAUGUCGUGAAGCUAGCCACCUGUGUCAUCUUUGGGACAGCGGGUGUGGAACAGUAGGGUUUUUGCGAAGAUGCCGCCUCAGAAAGACCGUAUCGUGAACUUCAUUGUUGGCCCCACCCAAGGGGGCCAGAACCAUCUGGGGGAGGAUGGUGAGGUGCAUAUGACUGGGGUACGUAUUUACACCCCAAAGACCAGCUGUAAUCGGCUUACCCGAAUCAAGACCAUCGCCGUCAUUGCUGUGUGCCUUGUAAUGGUCCUGACUGCUUGUCUGCUGGUCUCACUAAUCGGUCGGCAGAACAAUCCUUGUGUUGGUCCUGGGUCUAGAUCAAGCGGCAAUCAGACUAAUACCGAUGAGGUAUGGGUAACUCCAAAACCUGCGAUGACGGGCCUUGAACUGACUACACCAAGUGAUGGCAAUGUACCCAUCAGUAAUCCCCUCUGGCAAACAUUCCGCCUUCCCACUGCACUAAAACCACUUCAUUACGAGUUGGAAUUACGCACUGACAUUUCGGCGAACACCUUUGCGGGGGCGUUGGCGAUACACUUCCUCUGUCACAGUCCGACUCGCUUCAUUUUGUUACACAGUUCUGGACUGAACAUUGUCUCGAUUGAGCUCGAUGAAGCUACCUCGGCCCCUGACGGGGAAACUAGAGAGGGCUCGGCACCCAAACUGACGGGCGAUCCUGAGUUUUACACUCCCUUUCAUUUUAUGACACUCACUGUGGAUGAACAACUACAGAAGGGCCAAAUUUACAUCCUCAGAAUAAAAUAUUACUCUGAUUUCAGCAACAAUCUUGGAGGCCUCUACGUCAGCGAGUAUAAAACCAAGCAGGGGAAAGCAAAGUACAUUGUUGCGUCGUUUCUGUCUCCCAACGGUGCCAGGCACGUUUUCCCGUGUUUUGACGAGCCGGCCUUCAAAGCUAACUAUACCAUUACCAUCGUACACCCAGAUGGGUACCAAGCUUUGUCUAAUAUGCCUGAACUACGGCGUGAAGCCAGGGAAGAAGGCUGGAAUGCUACCUACUUUCAAACAACUCCUAAGAUGUCGACCUAUCUAGUGGCGUUCGUCGUAUGUGAUUUUUGGCGAAAGAGUCGCACUGUCGACAAUACAGUGUUCAGCGUUUGGGCAAGAGAAGAGGUUUUCAACGACACAGCUUUUGCCCUGGAGUAUGGUACACAAGCAUUUCGAUUUCUGGAAGCAUACAGUGGUUUGGAGUAUCCGUUACCGAAAAUGGAUUUGAUUGCUUUACCGGAGACCAUAUCAGGCGGAAUGGAGAACUGGGGAUUGUUGAUCUUCCGGGAGUCUUACAUGCUGCUUAACCCAGAUGAAACACCCAGUAAAAAGAUACAAGAGGUUGCCACAGUCAUUGCUCAUGAAAUUGCACACCAGUGGUACAGCAACUUGGUAACUCAAGAAUACUGGGGCGAACUUUGGUUGAAGGAAAGCUUUGCCAAUCUUCUAGCUCAUCUUGCUCUGGACCACAUUUACCCAAAUCAGAAAAUGAUGGACGAAUUAAGUUUGGCGGGUGAAGAGUUCCUGCGAGUCAUGGAGUUAGACGCGCAACCAACAUCGCAUGCCGUACAGCCGAACAUCGAUGACAUCAGUGCUAUUCUCAACAACUUUGACCUCACAAGUUAUUACAAGAGUGAAGCAAUCGUUCGUAUGUUGCGAUAUGUUCUGGGACAAGACUUGUUUCAAAGUGGACUAACAAAAUUUCUUCAAAAGAGAGCUUAUGGUAAUGUGAAAGCAACGGAUUUAUGGGACGCAUUAUCCGUUACUCUAAAUCAUACUGAUGCGAGUUUCGACCUUAAUAUCACCGCCUUCAUGAAUCCGUGGAUUAUGCAGAUGGGCUAUCCAGUCAUCACGCUGACACGUGAUUAUCAAACGAGAAUCGUCCAGAUUAACCAGGCACCAUUUUUCUUGCAGCCAGUCACCACUGAGUGUCUGCCCCCAUCUCCUUACGGGUAUCAAUGGCAAAUACCGAUAAUGUAUUCCUACGAAGACCAAAUCACCCAACCAAAGAUGUUCAUACUUGCUGAAGAAUCGGCCUCUUUAAGUCGAUCAGAUAUUGGACCAGACCAAUGGAUUGUGGCGAACAGUAAACGAACUGGAUUCUUUAGAACGAAUUACGAUGAAACGAACUGGAACAUGAUCAUAAAACAGCUUCUUGAAAAUCAUGAGGUAAUCAGUGCAGCGGACCGAGCAAUGCUGAUAGAUGACGCAUUCCACCUGGCGACCGCUGGUCGUCUUAGUAUCACUGUUGCACUGAACCUUACCAGGUACCUGACUAAGGAACGAGAAUACGUACCUUGGAAAGUUACCUUAGAAAUCCUUGGUUACGUCUCACGAAUGCUGAGCUUCACAUCUGCGUUUGGAAAUCUGAAGAAGUAUAUUUUACAACAGCUACUGCCUGUUUACAAGGAGAUCGGCUGGAAUGAAACCAACUCUCACCAAGGAAGAUUAUUACAGAUGGAGGUUCUUGAAGCACUUUGUUUCUAUGGUAACGAGGACUGUGCUUCCAUUGCCAAAAAUCUUUUCCUGAAACACCUCCAACAAGGGACCAAAGUACCACCAAACUUUAGGAAUUUUGUGUACUUGAUGGGAGUGGCUAAUGGUGAUGACACGACGAGAGACUAUGCAUGGCAACAAUAUCGGAAAGGUUUGCCUGGAGAAAGACAACAGUGGUUAAGGGCUCUGGCUGCAACCAGUGAGCCAUGGGUACUUAGCAGGUACAUGGAGCGAUCCCUGAACGAAAGUCUGGUGAGGCGCCAAGAUACUGUUGAAGUGUUCAAGUUUGCCAUAAACAAUCCCAUAGGGGGAUAUCUAGCCUGGAACUUCUUCCGCCAACAUUGGGAUAUACUGAAGGAAAGAUACGCUAAAACUUUGUUCCACAUGAAUCAAAUAAUUGAUGCCGUCACUCAGUGGUUCAACACAGACUUCCAUCUGAAAGAGUUGCAAGAUUUUGUGGCCAGUAAAGAGAACGAGCUGGCAGGAAAGGCGGGUUUGAGUAAUUUCCGACAAGCCGAAGAGAUGACAGAGGUCAACAUCCGCUGGAUGAAGAAUAAUUACAAAAACGUCAAGCAGUGGUUAGAGGAGGCUGUUUCCGGUGGUUAAUGCAUUGUGGGAACACAACCUUGUUUUUCUGUACGAGAAUUUGGAUUUGAAUUUUUUAGAACGUGACCUUCACCACGUUGUACGAUGUUCACAGAAGUAUGUCUGUUGGAAAUAAAAUCCAAACAAUAAUAUUCAUUAGGUAUAUUAAUGAUUCGUGUUUUAGACAUAAUGACGGCUAAACAGAGUGUUGUUGCUUCUGGUUAUCAAAACAAAAUUAGCCCAAUGGUUAAUAAGACUUACUUCAUGUAUAUAGCUGUUUUUUGUCUCCCAAUUCACACUUCAUGAUUGCAUAUCAAUCGCACCAGCCCACGUUAUAUUUUGAACAGUUUGAGUUAUUUGCUACAUGUCAUUGUUAUGAUUGUUCAUUUCAUUUGAAAUUGUUCUUGUUAGCACUGUUUGAUCAUAUCUCCUCUUGCCUGUGGUCUGUGCUUAGAGUGAUAUUGAAAGGUGAUAGUGACCUGGUAAUGUCAAAUGCAUCUUCAUUGUCACCGAUGUAAUGUGUUUGUAAUAAUUGUUGCAUGUGUCCUCAGUUUGGGAACAUUAUCGCAAUUGGAGUCUCGUGGUCCUUUAAUCGCAGAGUUAAACGAAAUCUAACAUUUAAUGAAGUCUAAAAUUAUUGCAUUGCAUCAUUCCCGAACUGUAUAUAAUCGUAACAGGUUUUGUGUAAGAUGUAAUUAGAUUUAGUUUUUUACACUUGACAAUCGAUAAGAGUAGAAUUUUCCUCUCUUUAUUGGGAAAUUUAGAUAUGAAAAAUUAUCACUUUGUUUAACAUCAAAAUCAUAUCCGAUCAGUAUUUCAUGAGGUAUUUGUAUAGCUGUAGGGUUAGUAAAGACCACGAUUUGAUAAUUUUGAAAUUUAUAAGGCAGGAACACUUUUAAGACCUGGUGAGUGUGAUAAAAAAACAUUGUUUUUUUUCUUCAGAUGCUAUUGGUAAGUGAUCUUUGCUUGGGUAUAUUCAGUAGAAUCGAGAUUUGCUUAUUUUUUUCAUGAAAAAUUCCAAGUUUAGGUACCAGUACCUGGUGGUUCUGGUUGAAGGAAGAAAGCCCCAGUUAAGUUGGCGGUGUGCGUUUUGUCAUGUAACGCGGCGGGUGGUACUCGCCAGGCACCCUGUCGACUGAUUUAUGAGGUUACUCGGACUGGGAUUCUUCAUUUUUGCAAAAAGACGAUAAUUGAAACGUUCUGAGAUCAUGUGGUCUCCUUGAGGGGCAUACAUGUAGUUAGAAAAAAGGCAAAUGCGUUGGGUUUUCGUUGUACAAAUUUAUGCCUGCUACAUGGACGCUUAGUAAGACGUGGGAAUGCUCUUCGUUACAUGAUUGGUCCUUUGCACGGAUAUGUCGAAAGGAAAAAUAAAGAAUAUGAAAUGAGCGAUGAAAGAUGGUUUAGAUCUCAGUUAAAAUAAAAUACCAGACGUUGAAUACUGAAGAGGCAAAUGUCGAUCUUUACUUUGUUGGGGAGAUAAACUGGAGGAGAGAGAGCCAGGUACUUGUUGUUUUUCAUUGCGAUGUCUGAACAGGAGCAGCGAGAGGUGAUAUUUGACUGAAAUAUUGCGACUUUGGAUACUGGACAGUGUUCUGUUGAUAUCACGAUGAAGUUUUCCUUUUUAAUUUAUCGGUGUCAUGUGUAGUCAUGUUUAUCUUUACACUGUGGACGAACGUCUCUGGGAGAAUUGUAGUUGACUUGAAAAAUUGUAGAAGGUGUGUAUAAAUGGUUUUAAUUAUUAAUUAAAACACAUAAUUAUUGUUAACAUACUUGGAACAAACUUAAUGUUGUGUUGACCACGUCAUGGAGAAAGUGCAGUCACCCCAUUUUCGUGUAAAUAGAAAUCAAGUUUGAGUAUUAGAGUUUUUGUCUACCUCUCUGACUGUUGUAUUUCACUCUCAUCUCAAAUACAAGCCAUGGACGUGCGUUUAUUUUGGAAUUCCAGUAAUUUUGGACAGCUGCGGACUGACCAAUGUAAACUGGACAAUCGACAGCAGAGUGCUCUGUGGUCGACUUUUUACCAAUGGUUAGGAUGUUCCAAAUUACCAUGAUGGGGGUAACUCUUGCUAUCUUGCGCAUUUUACCGGCUCAAGCAACACCAAAAAGCAAGAAACAACGAGACUUGGCGUAAAAGACAUACGCUAUUUUAGUAACCUUCCACUCAACAGAGGUUAGAAGUAGAUACCACAUUGUGUUACACCAAACAUUCUAACGGUGUAUUUCGAAUUGAGCGAUCUAAGAACGUUAUGAAAGCAGUAAUGCUCCACACUUUCCUGGAAAUAUUUCUUUCCACACUCAAAUGAGAAGUUAUUUAGAGGUAUAUAUACAGUGAAAGAAAUUAGUUUUGAUGAUAACAAUCGUAAUUUUAGUUAUUUCUAUUGUUUGAGGACCAAAUGAUUUUUUUUUUCAUUUUAUGUUGAGAAGUAAUGCAUCAUAAAUCCUCUAUUGGUAAAGAUUCACUGUUCCCGAGUAAUACCAUUUAUAUUCUAAAGUACCAUGGUCAUUAUUUUUGAGCAAAUGUGACAAUAAUUAUUAUUAAUUCCGAAUUAAUUGCUGCUUUAUAUUACAAUUAAUAAUGUCUGUAUACAAGUAAAGAGGAAUUAAAGUACAGAGUCGUACCGUUCACAGUUUAAAUGUGACGUGGUUUGUUAGUAAUAUUUUCAUGUAUAGUGAUCAAUGGGCAAAGUCCGAUUUUUUUUUUUAGAUAAAUGUACUGCUAUCGUUGAUGAGCAAUAAUUACCUGUCUGCUUUUCAGAAGACUGCUGGACACUGAA